GGCCUGAGAGAAUUGUUUCUUUUUGUACAGCCAAGUCCCCACAGGCUCGGCCCGCUGGUCCCUGAUCGCAAACUGCACCCGCGAACCAACAGCUUCAACGCUCGGCGAUAUAAGCACCGGUAAUUGUUGAAGACUGUUCUUGGCAGCACCGUCAUGGCUGCAGCUUCUCUUCUGCACCGUUUGCGCGAUGUGUUUGGUGAUGUUCGUCCAUCAAUCGCAAUCGCGGGGCUGCUUGUAGUCUUCGUGACACUCUGGUCUGCCCUCUCAACAUGGCGACAGUACAACCGCCUCCGCGAAUUUAAAGGCCCUCGCCUAGCAGCCCUCUCAAAAUGGUGGUUAAUCAAGAAAGUCGGCGGUGGAAGAGCAUACCUCGACUUUUGGGAGGUCACUAAACAAUAUGGCUCAAUUGCCCGAGUCGGACCCAACGAUCUUCUCACCGACGACCCAGAACUAAUGCGCCACAUCCUCAACGUACGAACCGAGUAUCGGCGAUCAGAUUGGUACGACGGCAUGCGCUUCGAUCCAGGAAACAACAACAUUCUCUCGUGGCGCGACGAAGACGAGCAUUUUAAGCUGCGCUCUAAAAUGUCCGCUGGCUACGGCGGUCGCGAAGUGGAGAACCUCGAACCAAAGAUCGAUAAGAACAUACUCUCCUUCAUGCAUCUCCUGGGACAAUACGCAGAUGAGAAAAAACCCGUUGAUCUUGGGCGGCGCGCUCAGUUUUUUACACUAGAUGUCAUUUCGGACCUGGCGUUUGGUGAACCGUUUGGGUUUCUGGAGACGGAUUCGGACGUGUACAAGUAUAUCCAGAUCACGGAGGAGACGCUGCCAGCUGUAAUGGUCACAACGGUAAUUCCGUGGCUGGUUAAAGUACUGAGUUCGCCGCUAUUCAAAAGUCUUCUGCCGUCGGAGAAGGAUAGGCUUGGGUUUGGAAAGUUGAUGGGAAUUGCGAAACAGGUCACGGCUGAGCGAUUUGGGCCGGAUAAGAAGGUUCAGAAAGAUAUGCUUGGGUCUUUUGUCGCUCAUGGUCUUACGCAGAAAGAAGCAGAGUCUGAGAUCUUGUUGCAGAUUGUCGCGGGCUCAGAUACAACAGCUACAGCCAUUCGCUCGACCAUGCUUCACAUCAUAACCAACCCCCUCGUAUACUCCAAACUCCGCGCUGAAAUCGCCGACACAAAAUUCCCAGAACCUAUUAUUCCCGACUCAAUCGGUCGAGAUCUUCCAUACCUCCAAGCCGUCAUAAAAGAAGGUCUUCGCAUCUUCCCCCCCGUCGCAGGUCUUAUGUCCAAACAAGUCCCUCCGCAAGGCGACACCUGGAAAGGAAAAUUCAUCCCUGGGGGUACUAAAAUCGGAUACUGCGCCUGGGGAAUUUUCCGCCGUGAGGAUAUCUGGGGUUCAGAUGCAGGAGAGUUUCGACCGGAGAGAUGGUUGGAGAGUAAGGGUGAGAAGUUGAGGGAGAUGGAGAAUGCGCUGGAGUUGAUCUUUAGUUAUGGACGUUGGCAGUGUUUGGGUAGACCCGUUGCUUUGAUGGAGUUGAACAAGGUCUAUGUUGAGUUGCUGAGACGGUUUGACUUUGCGAUUUGUGAUCCUACGAAGCCUUGGGCUGUGUUUAAUUGUGGUAUUUUCUCGCAGUCUGAGCUCAUGGUUCGCGUUCAUCGCAGAGAGUGAAUCUAACUACGGUCAUGGAGGUAUGUACAAGGAAACCAUUGAGCUUUUUGUAGCAUGGCACAGUUAAGCUGGCAAGGGAUAUUUUUUGGGAAACAUUCAGAUGGCUGGGUAAUAGUAAAGCUGGAGAACAAACUGUCAAAGAGCUCCAAGAGUAAUACAAAGAGCGGCAAAGCAUUGGUUGAGUUGAGUGUUCUUAAGGAACUGUCAGGUUUAGGGAUAUUACAUCAAGUAAAUAAGAAAUAUUAACAUAUUUUCACAGAAUAUGAGAAGAGUACAAUAUAUCCCAA